CAAAAUGUUCAGUAUCUGACUGGCACUUCCUCAUGCAAAACAAAAGCCAAUAUUUCAAUUUAGCAGUUGCAGAACCAGAAUGUGCUGAGGUCUUACCGAGUGACAGCGGCAGCCUGGAGCUCACCGUUGGGCCCCUGGGGCACAUGGGACACGUUUUCUCUCUGCCCCAUUUUCUUCUUCUGGGCUGAAAAUCUAUUUCAGAGUUCCACUUUCCUGGCUUUUGUUGCCUCCCUCCUUUCAACAGAUAUUUCUACUCAUAUCACAAGUACAGAAGGUGCUGAGGCACUGGCACAGGUCGCCCAGAGAGGUGGUGGAUGCACUGCCCUGGAGACGCUCAAGCUCAGAUGGUUCAGGAGGACAGGUCAUUUUAAAGAAUCAAGGUCUGCUGUGUCUGUGAAGCGCUGAGGAAGGUCUCAACCCCGUUUCCUGUAUUCAUCCCAGCAGAAGGCUGACAGGGACCACCAGGGACAAAACAUCUCCUAACAGGUCCACAAUGAGGAGAAGGCAAACAACAGAUUCGCCUCAUCCAUCCGCAGAUACGAGUGAAGGAAGGGAGAAAUUAAGACUGAAACAAGAGGUCGGCCUGAUUAGCGGCGUGUCAUUAAUUGCAGGCACCAUGAUAGGCUCGGGGAUCUUUAUGUCCCCUGAGUGGGUGCUGCAUCACAUGGGGAGCCCCGCCAGCAGCCUGCUCAUCUGGGCAGCGUGUGGUCUGCUGGCCACGUUUGGAGCCCUGUCUUACGCUGAGCUUGGAACCAUGAUCAAAGAGUCUGGAGGCGAAUAUAUUUACAUCUUGAGGAUUUUUGGUUCUUUUCCUGCUUUCCUUUUCGCCUACACUUCUGUCAUCCUGGUGAGACCAGCUGGGUUGGCAGCUGUCUGUCUGAGCUUUGCCGAAUAUGCCGUCGCACCGUUCUACCCAGGAUGCUCAUCCCCGCAGAUUGUCAUCAAAUGUACAGCUGCUGCCUGCAUCCUGGUCCUAACUAUCAUCAACUGCCUCAACGUGAGGCUGGCAAUGUCUGUUAUGAACGUUUUUACGGCUGCCAAACUCUUGGCUUUGCUGGUGAUCGUGGUGGGCGGAUUGGUGCUGCUCGCCAAGGGACAGACUCAGAGCUUUCAGAACGCUUUUCAAGGCACGAAUGCAGGUAUCGGGACGAUCGGAGUGGCAUUUUAUCAGGGGCUCUGGUCCUACGAUGGCUGGAACAACCUGAACUACGUAACUGAGGAACUGAAGAACCCUGAGGUGACCCUUCCCAGAGCUGUGAUGAUUGCUAUUCCUUUGGUUACAUGCCUGUAUUUGCUGGUAAACGUCAGCUACUUUGCGGCCAUGGCUCCGUCCGAGCUGCUGACUUCAGGAGCUGUGGCCGUCACUUGGGGGAACAAAGUCCUGGCUAGCUGGGCAUGGCUCAUCUCCCUGUCAGUGGCACUGUCUACAUUUGGUUCAUCCAAUGGCACGUUCUUUAGCGGAGGCCGCGUGUGCUACAUUGCUGCAAGGGAAGGUCAUAUGCCAGACAUCUUGUCCAUGGCCCACGUGCGAUGCCUCACGCCUUCCCCUGCUCUGCUCUUCACAUCUGCAAUGUCUUUAAUAAUGAUAAUCCCUGGAAACUUCACCAGCAUUGUGACCUAUUUCAGUUUUAUAACGUGGCUUUUCUAUGGCAUGACUAUUUCUGGUCUCCUGUAUCUAAAAAUCAAGAAACCAGACCUGCCAAGACCUUACAAGGUCCCAAUUGUCAUCCCCAUAAUUGUGCUAAUUGCGGCUGUGUACCUGGUGCUAGCUCCAAUCAUCGACCAACCCCAGAUUGAGAUUCUCUAUGUUGUGCUGUUCAUGUUCAGUGGUAUUGUCCUUUACUUCCCCCUGGUUCGCUUCAAGUGCCACCCCCGCUUCUUACAGAGGGUCACUUUGCAUCUCCAGCUGUUCCUGGAAGUUGCUCCCACCUCUAGGGAUGUGAACUGAGUUAACAUCCUCCUGGUGUGUGGCUGCUGUCCUUUGUCACUUAUUCCAACACUUUGGUUUUCAAGGUGAGGUCUUCUUAAGGGAGAAUGAAUAGAAUUAAAGUGUCACCGAAAGGUUUCAGCUGAGAGGACCUAGACCCAUGACUUCUCAUGUUUCCUUAAAAUUUUGAGCAUGUAUUUUUCUCAUUUUUCAGCUCUGCCUCAGCAGAUCUCCUACAGAUUCCAAAGAAAUGUCUUUCUCAGUUUUCCACCCUGAGAAGAGCUGUCCAUCCUGAGCAGAUCUAAAUUUUAGCCCUAAUAUUUCAAGGCAUCAGGCAACAGAAGACUGACAAUGAAGUAUUAAUCCUGCAGUAGGUGGUGACCUUAAGCCAUUCUUGGCAAUGCCCUUUACUGUUUCCACCUAGCUCUGCCCACUGUGACCAUGGUGCUUCUCCAGUAAAUAAAACAUGGGCACACAUGCUCACAACCAAACAACCCUGGCUGCUCAGGUAUCCUUUCUGGGAGUGUGGUUUUCCCUUGUUCCUUCCAGUCUCAGGUGCCAGUCACAACAGCCCUUUCUCUGUCUCAGAACAUACUCGCACCACAUUUAGCCUAAAUCACCCUUAGCAACCUUAGAGAAACCUCUGACAUGAGAUGGGAAGUGCAUGAAAACUCCAUUAGUUCCCUCUACUAGUUGAGGGACCAAAUAGGCUAAAAAGGUCGAAGUGUUCGUCCCUAAAACAUCUUGCUGUCUGUCAAAAUACCGAACGUUACGGAGGUCACCUUUCUGUCCGCGUUUGCUCUGCCUACCUGUACUUAACACUCCAUUCCUGGAAGAGGGUCACUCGAUCCUCCAGCUGUCUCAGAGCUGUGUAUCUGAUUACAAUCUCACUCUGCAGUACCUCUCCUCUUCCCCACAACUGGUGACACCAGCAGCUACACAGGUGCAGCAGUAGUCUUUUUGUCCAAGCGUAGGCACAAUGAUACCUGGCAGUUAUCAUCUUUUUGGAUUUAAUUUCUAUUCCUUAGAUUUUUUUUUUAAUGGAACCUACCACAUGAGGCUAUGCUUUCUUGAGGAUCUACAGUCCAUAUCCAAAAAAGCAGGAAUUUUAAGGCUAAUUUAAAGGUUAGACAUACACAAUAUAUAUGGGUUUGGCCAGUUAUCAUUGCAUACUUAAGUAAAAUUAGGGUUUUGUCUGCACAGAGUUCUUGUGGGAGAGGAGUUAUUGCCACUAUUGUACACUGUAGAUGUGUAGUAUCCUACAGGUGAGGAACAGACCAAAGGAUGAAUUAUAGGUGGCUUCCUCAAAGUCACCUGAGAAACGUGAGUGUUUCUCCCAAGGCCCAGUCCAACAUCAUUUUGCCCAUUCGUUCUCUCUGUGCAACUGUGACAUGAAUAAUACUGAAGAACACAGAUUCAGCACUUUGGAUAGGUAGCUUUUAUAUAUUACCAGCUUGUGCAUGGAUGUGGGGAAGCUGAGAAGCUGCAGGUAUCAUAUUUUGCACCAACUUCAUUUUCUGUAGAUACCAUUGUAACAAGAUUUUAUUUAUGUUGCCUAGCGUUUACAAGCACAGGUGCUCAUAAUGCCAAAGCAAGAUGCUGAAAGCUCACAGAAUGGCAAGAUGAUGACAAUAAAAUGGACAUUAAAAUGAAGUGAGUUGA